AUGCCAAACACAGUUACAGGCCGGAAGCAAGGACAUCGCCAAUCUCUCUCUUUAAUCAGAGAGGACGGGGAUCCGUACCAGCAAAUACCACGGACGCCUGUGAUGGAAGAUACCGAAAAUGAGUCUCCUUUGGCUGUGAGAGCGAGCCCUCAACGAAUUAGCAUUGUUGACAGUCAAGAUUUGUACACUGCGUUGAUGAAACAGAUGGCCCACAACUCCAUGUUCGAUCCCAAUGAGGAGAUGGUUUUCGGCAAUGUGCCACAGCAUCGUGUGAUUCCAGAGCGAACGAACUCGGUCUACUCUCAACGUGGCCGACGCAGUAUCCGUCCUGUCCCAAGCCAAGAAUCCUUGACCUCGCCUGCUUCAUUUGCAACAGCACGCGGUGGUGACCAAUCUAGUCCACGAAAUUAUCCGCGCUCAGCAAAGUCGAUGCAAGUUUCUCGACACAUGGCGUCUCAGGUAAAAAAUGAACGUGUGACUGCUGCUUUAGACAAAAGAUCGCCGCAAUCAACGGACGCCUUGACUGAAGAAUCGGAUGGGGAUAAUGGUAGCGUUAUUGUUUCUCGCGUCCGGGCCUCGAAAAGAGACAUGGUUUCCCCAAGUGUCUAUUCCCGGACCACCAGUGGCAAUACCCCAACAAGAACUGACAAUGCCGAUACGAAGGUCCAUGACGAACCAGGAACAGCAACCAUCUUUACUCCACAGCGGACAAUAUACAGCUCACCCAAUCGUGCCUAUUGGGCUUCGUCUCCCCCACCUCAGGUGAAUCCCAGUGCGGACUGGCAGCGGUGGAUGAGCUCGCAGAUCGAAAGAAUUGAGCAGGCAAGCCCCACAAGGGAACAUAUCAGAGAGUAUGCACAAUACCAGGACGAUGAUGAGUACUUUACCAGCAUAGCUCGACGAGCUCCUAUCGCUAUCUCCGCUCCCGCUUCAUCAACUCUACUAAAGGUUCCAGACAGCCAGAAUAUCACCGAGCGCCAAGCUUCGGCUGAGAACAAAGUCCCGUCACAGAGCAAUUUCUCCCGUCCAUUAAUCCAGCCUUCCGGCAUGCGAACCACCAUGCCACUGCAGAUAACUAAGUCGGAAAAUAAGGUGCAGGCUCACGCCAACUCAUUAGCUGUGGAGACUGCUGCUCAGUCUGGUGAAAAUGUUUCACCUAAACCCAUUGCUUAUCAUCAAGAACCGUCGCCAAUUCGACUGAGGUCCGGGAACAUGCAGCCACCAGAGUCCCCGACCCCGAAGGGAGUGGGGGCAAAGCGAUCCUGGACCAAAGAGCAACAGCGACGACGCUAUUCAGCCAGGCGUGCUCCGAUCGCCCAAGAUAGCAGGAUUAAUCACUUCCGGUCCAUGCGCACCCAACGAGACAACCGUGCAAGCAAUGAGAACGCACGGCAGCAGGAUGAGUACACUGACAUGGUGGAGAGCUACCAGCAACUUCAAGACAUUCAGUCCACGGUCUCUAGCAAGCGUAUGGUUGAUAUGUUCUUGGACAGUCGCCGUCGACAAAUGGGCGAAGUCCCUGACAACGAUACAACCACUGAGGCCUUUCUUUGA